AUGAAGUUGAACAUCUCCUACCCUGCCAAUGGCAGCCAGAAGCUCAUCGACAUUGAGGAUGAGCGCAAGCUCCGUGUCUUCAUGGAGAAGCGCAUGGGCGCUGAGGUCCCCGGUGACUCCGUCGGCGACGAGUUCAAGGGCUACAUCUUCCGCAUCACCGGCGGCAACGACAAGCAGGGUUUCCCCAUGAAGCAGGGUGUCAUGCACCCUACCCGUGUCCGUCUCCUUCUCUCUGAGGGACACUCCUGCUACCGCCCCCGCCGCACCGGCGAGCGCAAGCGCAAGUCCGUCCGUGGCUGCAUCGUCGGCAUGGACCUCUCCGUCCUCGCUCUCUCCAUCGUUAAGCAGGGUGACAACGACAUCCCCGGCCUUACCGACGUCGUUCACCCCAAGCGCCUCGGCCCCAAGCGCGCCACCAAGAUCCGCAAGUUCUUCGGCCUCACCAAGGAUGACGAUGUCCGCAAGUACGUCAUUCGCCGCGAGGUCCAGCCCAAGGGCGAGGGCAAGAAGCCUUACACCAAGGCCCCCAAGAUCCAGAGACUCGUCACUCCCCAGCGUCUCCAGCACAAGCGCCACCGCAUCGCUCUCAAGCGCCGCCAGGCCGAGAAGGUCAAGGACGAGGCCAACGAAUACGCCCAGAUCCUCGCCAAGCGUGUUGCCGAGCGCAAGUCCGAGAAGGCCGAGCUCCGCAAGCGCCGCGCCUCUUCCAUGCGCAAGUAA